CCUCGUCUCUUCUCCACCACGGACCCCGCACGCACAAAUCAGUUUCGCCGCCGCAGUCGCCACUCUCCGGCGAGCCAGCCAUGUCCGGCGGCGGCUGCAGCGUCCGCGCAAUCUGGAUCCUCACGCCGCACGACGCCGUCGCCUUCUCCAGGAGAUUCGCGGUGGUGGAGAAGCGGUGGCGGACCGCGUGGGAGACGGAGGGCGGCGGCGGGGAUGGGGACGUGACGGGCGCGGAGAUGCCGCUGCCGGCUGACUACGAGGUCGCCGCUGCCUUUGCUGAGCGCCGGAGAAGGGAAGGCACCGCCCGCGGUUCUGGAAUCCGUACAAGCAUAUCAUCUGUCGGGUCGGAUUCGUGGGUUGAUGAUCCGAUCACCCGCCAUAUUAUAUCGCUUCAUAUCGAUAAAGAGGAAGGAGAGGGGUUUAUGCUGUGGCCUGUGGUUCUUCAGAAGCGUGGAAGCUAUUAUAUCCUUGUUCUGCCUCUGGUGGAUCCGCAAUCAUUUAAAGCAUAUGAAAGCCUCUUGAAAAGGUCUGACUGUGGGAGUUCUGCCAAGGAGAAGGGCAAUCUUUCUUCCAUUCUGCUCAAUCUUCCAUGCAUAACAGGGGCAUUAAUGGUUGCACAGGUUAUUGGGGACAUAAUUACCGGUGACACUGCUGAGACUGAAGUGAUCGUUAGUACUGGCCCCUCUGUUGGUGGUCUGUUAGAUUCAUUGACAGGAAGUAUAGGUAUUUCAUCCCGACCAAAACCUAUUGCUGCACCAGUUGCAGCCCCAACAGCAUCAGUUUCCUCACCUGUUGGUGCUCCUCAGCUGGAGUCUCUUAAAGGUGGUGUGAGACCUUUUGACAAGGAUUUACUGCGGAACUUCAUCCUUGGUGCAAUGCCUUUUGGAACACCUCAGGAUCUUAAUUAUGCCAACGUUACUUCGAUAAGAACAACGGGGUUUUCUGCUGACCCUCUACCUACAGACCAGAAACAGCCUGCCUGGAAGCCUUUUCUGUACAAGGGGAGGCAAAGGACUCUCUUCUCAAGCUUGGAGACUUUAAAUGCUGCGCUAUAUGACCGUGAUGAUGUGCAAGAUUUCCUUACAGUUUCAGGACAAGUGACGUGUAGGGCUGAGCUAGAAGGUUUACCUGAUGUUUCUUUGCCAUUAUCUGGGUUAAAAGCUGCCUGUGUGGAGGUUUCAUCAUUCCAUCACUGUGUGCAAACUUCAGAACCUACUGAUGAUAAGCAAACUCUAAUAUUUCAACCACCACUAGGAAAUUUUGUUUUGAUGCACUAUCAAGCUUCAUGCAACAUGGAUCCACCUGUUAAAGGGUUCUACCAAUUGUCUAUGGUAUCAGAAAAUGAAGGUGCCUUUUUAUUUAAACUGAGAUUGAUGGAGGGUUACAAAUCUCCCUUUAUUAUGGAAUUUUGCAUGGUUACAAUGCCUUUUCCUCGAAGACGAGUUGCAUCAUACGAUGGAAAUCCAUCAGUUGGGACAGUUUCAAUGACAGAACAUUCAAUUGAAUGGAGAAUUGUUUCAAGUGGCCGGGGCCUCAGUGGUAGAAGCAUUGAGGCUACCUUCUCUGGUACUGUCAGAUUUCAUCCUAUAACUACCCAGCGAGUAAACUCAUCAUUUCGAUCACUUUCAAGCUCUGCAUUUGUUGAGGAUAGUGAUAGUGAGGAUAAUACUAAGAAUGGUGCCAACUUGGAUGACUACCUCAUGGCAAAAAUGAAUAAGGACCUUCAAGCAGUUGACUUGGAAGAGCCCUUGUCCUGGCAAGCUUAUAAUUAUGCCAAGGUUUCUUUUAAGAUUGUUGGGGGCACACUGUCUGGUCUAACAAUCGAUCCAAAAUCUGUAACCAUUUAUCCUUCUGUCAAAGCCCCAGUUGAAUAUUCAGUGCAGGCUUCAUCUGGAGAUUACAUAUUAUGGAACACUUUAGGAAAAUGUCCUUCUGCUGCUUUGCCUAAAGAACUAUGAUUGUCAAUGGAUGUUCUUCACCGGACAUAGUCAUGUUUUGGUACCUGUUCUUUGCUGUACAGAACCUUAGAGCAUGAUUUUCCCCCGUUUGAUUUCUCUUCACAUCACCAGACCUGUGCUGGAAGUUUUUGAUCCAUAUUCAGGAGUUCUUUUUCAAGGGAAAGAGAGCCCAACAAUUCUGGAUAUCUUUUAUCUGACGGAUAUCCCAGACGUAGAGUUAAUGACUGGGUGCAAUCUUGAAGCCAUGGCCUUAGGCUUAUUUGUCCAAUUAAAUUAUCAUUUCAUAGGACUUAAGCAGCAUCUUUGAUAGAAACAAGUCAGACCAUUUGGUACUCUACAUUAGACUUGGCAUAAUACCUCUGUAUGAUUACUGCUGAUUGAGCCCAGAAGGUGGUUGUUUGACA